CAGAGCUUGUAAACUCUCAGUAAGGGCAAAGGAUGGAGUUCAGCCUUGGGGUAUCUCAGAUUCUGCUGGCAAAGCCCCUCUGCGAGGUCCUCGUGGGGAAGAGGCGUUCUCACAAGGCAGGUGGGAAGCGUGGGAGGACCUGGCAGGUCACAGCUGUCCCCAGUAAGGGCUGUGCGGUGCAGAGGGAGCUGCUGCAGGUUGUGUCUGGGGCCAUUGGGGCCUAGCACAGGUUUAGCUGCUGUCAGGGACCAAAAUGCCUCUGUUUUGUGAGGUAAUGGCUCAGAGGACAUUCAGGAGUAGAGAACUGGAGUUGGUGCAUCUCCUGGAUGGGCAUUUCUGGCCAGGUCAUGUAUUCAGAAAGACUGCUGUAAAGGUGGAAAAGCUCAGAGGUACAAGAAAAACUCAAAGGCUGAAAAAUCUAUUUCACAGUGAUGUGUAGAGGAAUUUCUCCCUGUUUACACUGCACAGGUGACCUAGUGGUGCUUUAUAACUACUGCAUGGGGAGAGGGGGGUUCUAAGAGCAGUUCCCUAUGCAAAAACAUUGAAAACCCAAAGUGGGUUCAACAGGUCUGCUCUGAAUUUUGAAAGCAGUUCAGUCUUCACAAGAGAGAAAGAAUGAAAGAGAUUAUGGCCUUGUUUAUUCACUGUUUAAAUUGGAAAAUGUGAAUAUGUGUAAGAAGGAAAGAGGGGCACUUUAUGAAGAUGGGAAUAGUUUCUGUUGCUGCUUGUCCAGCUGUGUUCCUGUGGGAUGGGGACCUUGACAUCAACCAGACUGUGCACCUUUGGCAGCAAAGGGAAAGCUGGGAUUUUUUACAUCUGCAGAUGAAAGCUGAACCUGUGUAGGACAUGAGGGGAUGUCCUGGAAGGGUUCUGGUUUUGUUAGAGAAAAGCCAGGUCCAAGCAGCCUCAGGACAUUGAAAUUAGCAAAGCACCUUGAAGAGUGCCAGCAGUCCUUGAGUCCGGUGGUUGAACUCAUGGCUAAAUUCAUUAUCACAAAUUACUGUCAUAAAUCAUUUAGACUCAUUAGCAUUCUGUGAAACACUCUGAGGGUGGUCCCAACACUAGGAAUAAUUAAAUUUUGUAGUUCUGAGGGUGUUCUCUGAAAAAACUAAGCUUGGGGUCAUGUGCUGAACAGGCCCUGAGUGAGACAAGGCCCUGGAGAAACUGCCCUGUGUGACCCCCAGUGACACAGCUCUGAACACCUGAGAGAUGGCAUUUCAUUUGCAAUGGAGUUUUCACUCUUGGAAUUCUUGGCUGUGAGAUUUUAACAGCCCUUUAAUGCCCAUUGGUGUUAAUUAUUGUGAAAUAGCUGGCCUUGAUGCAACUUCCUGUCUUCCAUUGUAGUCUAAAUGUAGCUGGGGUUGAUGAUACCCACUGAGGAAGGAAUUAGGAAUCUUCAUUGUUCAGGAUGAACAAAACCAGGUCUUGCAUUUCUCAAGAAACCUUUUUUAUUUUAACUUGCUGUGUUUUUCUAAGUCCAUACUGAAGGGCACAUUCUGUAAGAUGGGGAUGAUGGUAAGGAUUAUAUCCUUUCUAAUAACAGCAUUGGGAGUGUGGGAUAAUAGAGUGCAGCACAUGGAAUGGUCUAGGGCAUCCCUGACAGGGUCAAUCCCUGAGCAAGCUGGUCUAACACUGAGUUUUGUGCAGGGGAUUAGGUGAAGGACUCCACAGGCCUCUCCCAGCCUAGAACUUUGUGUUCUCUGUUCACUGUGCUUUGGAAGUCUUUAGGUAGCAGCUGGGAAUUCAGGUAAGGACAUGCUGGGUCCUUAGACCCUGCUCUAGUGCCCACACAUCAUGGAAACUGUGUAUUUACUAGUUCAGUUUCUCAAGGCUGAAACAUCUCAAAGCAGUAGAGUUUGUGUGCAGGCAAAGUGAGAAACUGCUGCUGGAGAAUCAGGUGGUUCAUAGACCCUGUGAGGACUGGGCCUGAAUGAGGUGUAGUUCGACUGGAGCCCUGGGCAGGCAGGUGGAGAUCCUGACAAGGGGCUGUGGGUCCCAGUUUGGGGGACCCAAAACCAACCAACCAGCCAACCCCCAGAACAAUUCUCUGCAAACUGAGUCUGGGAUCCCCAGGCAGCCACUGUUCUGGUAGUGCCACUGAACAGGGGAGGACUUGCCGUUGGCUGGAUGCUGCUGCCCCUUCCCUCUGCCUUUCCUUGAAUCUUGUGAGACAUCCCGAUCAGCUGGUCAGAGGUGAGAGAAUCACACCCAGAGGAGAUUCCUGAGUGCUCAGAUUAACAUCACUAGCCAGGAGCUUUGGGAAGAAAUGCUGUGUCUCAAAGGACUCAUUGUUGUUGAUGUGUUUCAAGCCUGGUGUGGCCCAUGCAAACCAGUAGUGAAUCUGUUCCAAAAAAUCAGGAAUGAAGUUGGCAGUAAUCUCCUGCAUUUUGCUGUGGCUGAAGUUGAUUCCAUUGAUGCUCUGGGAAAAUACAGAGGACAAUGUGAGCCUGUCUUUCUCUUUUAUACAGGAGGAGAAUUAGUGGCUGUUGUAAGAGGAGCAGAUGCACCAUUGCUCCAGAAGACCAUCCUGGAACAGCUGGCAGGGGAAAGGAAGGGUUUAGAACGUGGAGGAGAGCCUGUGGUGGUGCCAGACAGAGCCUUCUCCAGAGAGCAGGGAAGCACGGCUCCCCUUCAGGAGGAACAACGGGAAGGACAAACAGGCUGACGCACCCAUCGGGUCCGGGAUGACAACCGCAGUUGUGGAGCAGAUGCGAGCUUUUUCAAUAAAUACAAGACUCUCGUGUGGCAGCA